UACAGACCUGUCCAGAGGAGAGACAGAGGAGAGAAGAACAAGAGAGGGGAGGAGAAAAAAGAAGCACCAACAAGAGCUGGAAAACAAGAGACACCUGAGAGACGAGUGGGACAAAAGACAUUUGGGAGAUUGUAGAUGUUACAGGACAGAGGUGAAGAGUAAAUUACCAGACAGUAAAGAAGACAAAGAAUCAUCCAAGGAGAGUUUUUAAAGUAAACCAUCUGCAGCAUGUUCCUUCUUCUCUUGUUGUGCAUGUGGGGUCUUCUGCUGCAAGGGGACGCUCAGGACCGAGCGUCUCUGUGGAGAGGCAACGACAGAAGUGGGCGAUGCCAGUACACCUUCUCUGUGCCCAGCCCCGUGGAGGCCAGCUGCCCACAGAGCGGAGGUCCAGAGGUGGAGGCUCUGAAGGCUAGACUCAGCCUCCUGGAGGUGCUGGUGUCCAGGCUGACCGGAGGGGACGCCACCACAGGCCCCCAGGGGUCCAGACCCAGAGCCCAGCCUGACCUCCAGGAGGCUCUGAACAGGGCAGUGGGGGAGAGGAACCUGCUGCAGGGGGAGAAACAGCGUCUGGAGAGGGAGCUGGAGGGGCUUCAACACAGGAUGGAGGAGAUGAGAAGGGAGACGGAGAGGCUGAGGAACAGACCCUGUCCUCCGCAGACCCCCAUGGUGCCACCCAGCCCCCCUCUGCAGGACGGUGGCCUGAUGAGACCUUCUGGUGGAUCUGGUUCACUGUCUCACCUGAUGAACAGGCCCAACAGACAGGGCGACAGCAGCAGCUUGAGAGACUCGGCGUGGCAGUACGGACCUCCAGGUUUCCAGGAGCUGAAGGCUGAGGUGACAGAAGUACCUGCACCUGAUGGCUCUGAGGACAACACAGGUUGUGGAGAUCUGGUUUCAGUGGCCGAGCCGGUCACUCACAGGAAGGCUGACAACAUCGCGGGCAAAUAUGGUGUUUGGAUGCAGGACCCUGAAGGUGUGUCCCCGUAUGGAUCCAGUAUGGUGUGGCGCAUUGACACCGUUGGCUCUGAAGUCAGGCAGCUGUUUGGAUACGACGACAUGGAACAACUCUCCAAAGGUUUCCCAUCUAAAGUUCUUCUGUUGCCGGACCCGGUGGAGGGGACUGGAGCCACCAUGUACCGAGGCUCCUUGUACUACCAGAGGCGUCGUAGCCGGACCCUCAUCCGCUAUGACCUGUCUUCUGAGAGCAUCGCAGCCCGCCGUGAACUUCCCCACGCUGGAUUCCAUGGCCAGUUCCCCUACUCGUGGGGAGGCUACACGGACAUUGACCUGUCUGUGGAUGAGCAGGGGCUGUGGGCCGUCUACUCCACCAGCAAGGCCAAGGGCGCCAUCGUGAUCUCCCAGCUGGAUCCGCACAGUCUGGAGGUGAAGAAGAGCUGGGAGACGAACAUCAGGAAGAACUCUGUGGCCAACUCCUUCAUCAUCUGUGGCAGGUUGUACACCGUGGCCAGCUACACAGCGACCGACACCACCAUCAACUACAUGUACGACACCACCACCAGCCAGGGGAAAGCCGUGGCCAUCCCCUUCAAGAACAAGUACCGCUACAACAGCAUGAUCGACUACAGCCCGGUACAGAGGAAGCUGCUCGCCUGGGACAACUUCCACAUAGUCUCCUACGACCUGAGGCUGGGUCGCCAACAGGCCAACUGAGGCAAACGUGGCGUGACUGGUGAAAAGUGACAUUUGCUCACCUGCUCCUGCUUCAGAGACUCAAAGUUUUAGAGCGUAACGCGGGUGGUAGCCGUAACUAUAACCGAGACACCGAGUUUAGAAAAGCCCGCCAAAGUCCACCCGCCAAAGUCCACAGACAAAUCAGUACGUAUGAGGAACAGUAUCCCCUGCAGGUCUGAUUUUAGUUCUUCAGUGGGAGGGUUUCUGAUGUGGCACGGUCCACAAACAUGUUUUUAGAGGAAAUAUUUUUGUACUGCCUUUAAACCCGAUGUAUGAUGUUGUUCUUUUAUGUGAUAUUCCAUAUAUAUAUAUAUAAAAAUAUAUUUGAGGUCUAAAAAAUAGUGCAUUUCUUCAGCUAAGUGGGAUGAAAAAUGCAUAAAAUAUCCACAACACCAAGACGACUGUGGUACUACCCUCCCCAGUGUUUCAACAGUCAACAUAAACUGCUCUCACUCAGCAUGUAUUGAAAUAUUGCAUGUACAUGUACAUUGUAGUCCUCAUUGAUACUGUUGCAAUUUAACAAGAAAUAAACUACUCGCUAAAUUAUA